CCCCGUCCCCCCGAGCGGCGGCCCGCCAAUGGCAGGCACGGCGUGCGCCGGCGCGCAGCUUCCCGGGUCGGCGCUGGCCUCUCGGCCGAGGGACCGCUCGGCUCCCAGGACGGCCUUCGGGCGCCCCCCGUGGCUCGAGCACGCCUGCGGCAGGCCGCUCCACAGCCACGGGGACGCCACGCCCGGCCUUGCCCGCGACCUCGGCCCCGGGCGUGUCCGCAGGCCUCCGGCGCUCCGCUCUCUGGGGCCAGCGCCGGUGACUCUCAGCGAGCUGCAGGAGCGUCGCCGCGGAGGCUGGCUCGUGGGCGUGUCGUUCACUUCGUCCGAGCUGCCCCAGAUGGAGCGGGACAUCAGCAAGGAGUCUGGCGCCGCCGAGGUGUUCCUCGAUCCGCCCAACCCCUACGGCUUCGCGAGGACCUGCUUCGGGGCCAGACUGGGUCCUCGAGUCGGUUUCAGCCCGCUUUCGCGCAAGCGCUGAUGAGAGGAGGCGCCUUCGCGCAAGCGUUCGCUUCCACUUCCGCAUCCGCGCAUGCAGCCGCGGGCGGCCUGAGGGUGGUGAGCGACCUGACAGGGAAACAAACGAUGUCAUAACCAUAGAAAUGCGGACGUCCGUGCGGGUUCCUCGGAUCGGCGCUGGGGUUCCCUUGCGGCGCCUCCGGCGCCGCCCCCGGCGCGCUCCGCCAGGGAGGAGGGCCCAGUGACGAGUUGAGAAAUUUGCGCGGACCUCCGAGUGUUAAUGUUUAUGGCAGUCUUUGCCCCCCUACGAGAGGCGACAUUCUCGCCAAGCUUUGCGAAGUGCAUGUCGACGCCAGGCGUGACAAUCAAAGCUACCAAGCUGACGAGUACCCAGACCUUGCAAAAUUGACUCGAACAGCACAGUUUACUUUUCUGCUCCAGCCUUGCUGGGCCCCAGUGUUUUGCACUGGUUCUAUCCCUCUCCAUUCCUCCUUCCAUUCCUCGCCCCCCCCGCCACUUCCUUCCCCCUGUCCCCCCCCUCUUCCUACGCACUCCACGAGCCUGUUGCGUGCGCGGCACGAUUCGAGAAUCCGCUCCAGCUUUGCUGGGCCCCAGUUCUUUGAACUGGUUUUUUCACGCUCCAUCCCUCCUCCCAGUCCUCGCCUAUGCGCGCGAAGGCGAGGGUAUCGGCCCAGAGCCGUAUGCUUCAGCAUCGGCACUUCUUUUUCAAGACUCGAGUCUGUAUUUCUCUCUGCGGUGUCGCAUUUGCGCAGCGUCGGUUUUCAUGCACUAUUUUCUGCUCCGUUCGGGGCGCAUGCCCCCGCGCCGGUAGCCUGAGGCUUCAAACUUCAAGUGUUCCUCUGGUUACGGAGCUUGCGGGACUCAGAGUGUUUUGCUUCACUCAGGAUUGCGCUGUCUUAUCAGACCAACGCUUCAAUAUCGUUAUCAUGUUAAUUCCCCUCUGGUUUUCUCUGGGCCCCCCGCGCAGGAA